AUGUCCGACCCAGACAUUCACCCAAAUAAAUACAGCGAGCUGCGAAAUAUUUGCAAACACUACAUUGAUUCAUAUAUUGCGUUGUAUCAGCUGAAAACGGACAAAGAAGAAGAUUUAAAUUCAAUUUACAGACUGGUCAAAACAGAAUUGAUUGAUUCAAAUAAAUAUCCUCCCCAAAUAAUUAUGCAAGACAUUUUACGUAUCAUUCUGUAUAAUAAUCGCUAUACAAAGUCAUAUUUAUAUCUUGCCAAACUCAUAUCUGAUGAUUACCAUGUCACUGAGGUCAGGAGUGCUCCAUAUAUUUCAAGAUUUCUAUUUUAUAAAGAAUAUGGAAUUAAAUUAGACAAAUCUGAUGAUUUCGAAACAAUUAACUCAGAAAAUCUUGAUAUUCAUACAGAAGAUACAAUUUACAGAGCAAUUAUGUAUAAUGACUUAGAAAGAUUCAUUGCAUUCACUGAAAGAGAUGGAUUUGAUAAAGAUCAAACACUAAAAAGCAAAUUAUAUCCAUAUUAUUACGAAGGAUAUUCAUUACUUGAAUUAUGUUGUUACCAUGGAGCAGUUGAUUGUUUCAAGUUCUUAAGAACGAAAUUUGAAUCAAAAAUUACUCAAACUUGUCUAGAAUUUUCAUUUUUCGGAGGAAAUCCAGAGAUCAUGAGCGAAUGUUUGAAAUAUCAAAAACCAAAUAAAGAAUGCAUGGAAUAUGCAAUUAUUUCUCACAACAUUGAUUUUGUUACAUUCUUGAUGUAUGAGUACAAUUUAGAGAUCGGUUUAUUUUAUUGUGCACAGUAUAAUAAUCUUGAAUCAUUUUUAGUUUAUUUCGAUCAAACUAAUGAUGUUGAUAGAUGCUUAUUUUAUUCAGCAAUGUUUAUAAUUCCAUCUCUUUAUGAAUAUUUCCUAUCAAAGGGUGCAAAUAUCAAUGAAAAAGAUAAAAAUGGAGAAACCGCUCUUCAUAUUGCAGUGCGUCAUAAUAGUAAAGAAGCAGCCGAACUUCUUAUUUCACAUGGUGCAAACAUUAAUGAAAAAGAUGAAUAUGGAGAAACCGCUCUUCAUAUUGCAGCGCGUCAUAAUAGUAAAGAAAUAGCCAAACUUCUUAUUUCACAUGGUGCAAAUAUUAAUGAAAAAGAUAAAUAUGGAAAAAUAGCUCUUCAUAUUGCAGCAAUGUUCAAUAGUAAAGAAGCAGCCGAACUUCUUAUUUCACAUGGUGCAAAUAUUAAUGAAAAAGAUAAAUAUGGAGAAACUGCUCUUCGUAUUGCAGCAAUUGGUAAUAGCAAAGAAACAACUGAACUUCUUAUUUCACAUGGUGCAAAUAUCAAUGAAAAAAUAAUGAUGGAGAAACCGCUCUUCAUAUUGCAGUGCGUCAUAAUAGUAAAGAAACUGCAGAAGUUCUUAUUUCACAUGGUGCAAAUAUUAAUGAAAAAGAUGAAUAUGGGAAAAUAG